GCUGAGAAAUCUGUCGAGGAAUUAGCUGAAGAGUCAGCCGAGGAGGCCUCCAGUGAGGGAGCUACGGAACGUUGGACUGUCAAUCGUUCUUUGCUUCGUUUCGAAUACAGUUGCCGGCGCGCGUAGCCGGCGUGAGCAUCCGUUCCGUCGACGUGAGUCGUAAGAAUCGUGUGUGACACCGGAAAAACCCGCGAGGGAAAAUAUCGAGAGAGAUAUACUGGUACAAUCAUUUUAGUCGUCCAAUGAAGUUACAAGUCGAGCAAACAUUGAAUGAAUACGUGCUAUGUUCGAAUAAAUUUCACUCACAACGGUACAGCACUGUUGACACGUAACAAUGGCUUCUACUGUUGUAUGUGUGGCACCGCGUUGCGCAACGCAAACCGAAACUAUAGAAACGUAGGGCGCUAAACUCGUUUGUUCACCACGAUCGACCUUCGAGCGUUCACGGGACCGUCAUUGAAAUCCAUUGCGAGGAAUAUCGCCCACGGUUUCGUGUCGACAAACCCGAGGCACUGAGAGAAGCGGUUCAAAUCGCUCGGUAUCUCAGAGGAAAUGUAAAUACGGAAGCUUCGGAUGUAGACAACGACUUCGAUGUAGAAAGAUAUAGAAAAAAUUAAUAUAGAAAAUAUAAAAAAUUAAUAUAAACAAUUUUCUGCCUACGCGCGGAAACAAAACGCGUCGUUUCUUAAGAAAAGAAUUUCCUGUGAAAUUUGUUUUACUAGAAGAGACAUAUUUCGCGCGUGUUUGCUACGCUUCGAUGUGCGAUUCUAAUUCAAAUCGAACGGGACCAAGAGGCGUUAGGAUGAUUUCAGCACCUGCCGCUCGUCAGUGACAACUCAGCGGGUAUAAAACGAUUCCUUGAUUAUUACCGUCGAUGAAUGGGCGAUAUUUGCACGUUUAAAUCAAAGUCGAUUUGUUACGGGGUACGUGGGAAAUACUUCUUCGACUAUGACUUCCGUCUAUCGAAAUCGACGAAACAAGAUGAUGCUAUAGCGACGAGCUCGCUCGCACGCGAUCGUUUGUGAACUGGAACGUCUAAAGUUAGCCGUCUAAAAUUAACUAUGAUAAUUACUAAUUACAUAUCAUAACUUUGAUUGAAAUUCGAGAUAAAGAUGAAAGAUCUAUCAUAAGCAUCUCUUUACUUAAAUUGCGGCGAAUAAAAGAUCUAACGAUGAGAGAAACGUUUUCGAUCGGUCAAAGUUGAUUUUGGAAAAAAGACAUCGAUUCUUUAAUUAAUUAAUGAUGAUUUUAUUCAGAUUUUAUUCAGAUCUUUAAUCGCGAAGGACGAAAAUUGAUCCGUCACAAAACUCUAUUCUAAUUCAAAUUGGAGUCUCGUGACCUUUGUAGCCGGACUGCCUAACGAGAUCUCGUGAUUUCGAACGAGGUCUCAGAUCGAUUCUUUGAUGACCGAACAAAUUGCAGUGGUUCCCUUCGAUGCCUCGCCUUGGCUGGACGGGGAGGAAGCGAUAGGCACGGGCGAACAAUGUCGUGGAAUCCGACGAUGAUCACGCGGGAUACGCCUCGAUGAUGUCCAUCCGAGGGUGUACUCACGUAUCCCUGCCUACGAUUGCGCAACGGAAAUCGGACGAGAGCGAGAAAACAAUGGGAGCGUCGUAGGCUAAACGGAGAGCCCGGCUGUCGAAUCGUGACGUGGCGGCCUUCGAGCGAUCGGAACGGUCGGAUCUCGUCGAGGCCCUCGCGGGAUCCGAAAAUGACAAUAAGUCGACUGGCGACGGUGAUGAAACGUUUCGUACGUGGCGUUCGUCCGCCGUCGUCGCGAGGAUGACGAAGACGUGGACGGUAUGCGGCUUCACGGGGCUCCUCGUCCUCGUACCCGUUACCGUCUGCGCGACGAUCACCUACGUCAACGGCAACGAGGACCCGUCCCUGCGAUGCAACAACGAUCGCAGUAACAGCAAUCUCAGCAGCAAUAAAACCUUCUCCCUGUGUAAAUACGAUGUCGACUGUAUUCCGAACGCGUAUUGCCGGAACCAGCAGACCUGCUCGUGCAAAGAUGAUCACAUCGAGUUCAGAAGUAACAAUAAUUACAAGUGUCUGAGAGUGGCUACUCACAUCGGCGAUCCCUGCGAGGAGGACAUCCAGUGUGAGUUUACGUUUACACCGCAAUCGGAGUGUCGAGAGGGCACUUGUCAAUGCGCCCACGAUUCCCACUUCACGGAUGGGAGGUGUUACGAGUCCGUUGGCUUGGGAAAACCUUGUCGCUCGAAUCGCAAUUGUUACAUCAAGAAUACUUUUUGCGAACUUGGUUUCUGCGCCUGCGGUUUGCGUCAUCAUGCGAAUCCUGACAAGACCGGCUGCCUGCCGAGCGCCAAGUUGGGCGAGCACUGCGACAGUGAUGACGAAUGCAUUGUGGAGAAUUCGAAGUGCAUGCACAACAGAUGCGAUUGCAAAGUGGACUACGUGCUGGCCAAGGGCGAUCAGCGGUGUUUGAAAGCCGCUUCCUGGAUCGGCGAGAAGUGCGAGCAGCAAUCGCAGUGUCAACUGUUCUUAAACCAUAGCCAAUGUGGUGCGAACAAAACGUGCGACUGCAUCGCCGGUUCCCAUAGACGUGGUCCUCGAUGCUUCGUCGAUGUAGAACUUGGUGGUCAUUGUGAGACCCAUCAUCAUUGCAUUACCAAAACUCUGAAAGACUCCAAUUCGACGUGGAAAUCGAAAGUGGACUGCGUCAAUGGCUUCUGCACUUGCACUGAAGGCUAUACGUUGAUGGAGGAACUGCAGGACUGUGUUCAGUUCAGCGAUAAUGGUGCAACGAGAUGGCAAGUACAUGGAAUAUUUUCCAUUAUUAUCAUUGCAAAAUUCCUUGUGUAUUGAAAAUAGUGGAUAUAUAAUUGGUAUUCAGCAAAAAAA